CUCUUGUUUGGUAUAUCAGAAACCAGAGUAUACAAAGUUUUUUUUUUUUUUUGGAGAUCCAAAUAUAUAAAGAGAUUGACCAUAAGAUGGAUAAGAGGUUUAAGAACUUUAUGUUUGAUUUAUCACAGAAUUGGGAUCACAAAGUAAAUGACAUGUGAGUAGAGAGAUGUUGAAAGGCCAUGUGAAACAUAAUAUGAAUCGGGGCGAAAUGUCAUUGUUAUCAUAGUGCGAUGAAAUGGAGAGACAAUGACCCUACAUCAUUAACAUUUGCAUGUUCUCUUUAUCUUCAACGUUACAUAACUUUGUAUAUGGGCCUCUUUGGUUAUGUCAAUAAUGACGUGUAACAUAUUUUCAUCCUCCAUUUUUUUAUCAUAUUAUAUAUACUAUGAUAAUACUCUACAUUAAUAUUAAGUACUAACCCAAUGGGUCUUAUUUGGUAGGCCCAUGUUUAUGUAGCCCGUUUUAUCAAAUCUUAGGGGAUUUGGUAGAUGAGAUAUUCCCCCUUCGACAUCUGUGAGACUGAGAGUAGUGUGUGAUUUACUUGCGGAAAGUGUUCUGCUAGUGUGUUUCAAGUUUUCAAGAGUAGUAUAUGUGGAUAUAUGAUGAAAAGACUAGUAUUGUAAUCUUAAAUGUCACUACUAAUAUUAAGUUUUAUGUAAUUAUAUGUUCAAUUAUUCUCUGUUACUCUAGUUUAUUUAUAUUAAGAAAAUAAAUGUCUGUGAAUUUAGUUUACUUUUGUGUUCAUUUUGUUGAUACUACAGUAUUAUGAAAUAUUUAUAAUUAAUGUUAAGUUCUCUCUUUUUCAAAAUUACUUUUUCCUUUAUUUAAACAGUAAAUGAGAACAAUUUCCAAAGUUUCCAUUAAUACCAAUGUCAGACAACAAGAUUUUUUUUUUUGUAUUUGGAAUUUGUUCUGUUCUCACUUCUCAUGCAAUGUCUUUUGCUUUUUACCCAUGACUGAUUAAAAGAUGAUCAAUCAGUAUUGCCUUUUGGUUUUAAUAAAAUGCAAUAAUUAGAUUUGGUUAAGAGUCAUUUGUCCACAUGGCAUAUGAAACUGAUGGUUACUUACAACUUGCAAGACCCAAUUGGAUACAUGGUAUGACAACUCAGGGUGUCGUGUUACCAAGAACCUUGACUAAAUUGUAGUUUCAAUCACAAGUCAUAUACUAUAUGGUUUUUGUCUGUAUUAUUUUCUCCCCUAAAAUCAAGCUCUUUCACGCAAUCUCAGGAGCCAACUCUUAUAUUUCACCAUUUACUUCACGUUGUCUUCAAUCAUUAUAAGCUGAAACUUAAAACAACGUAAACGUAUGUAUGUGGUUAUUGUACAUACAUACAUACAUAACAAACCUACAUUCAUACACAUUUCUCCUCUUUCACUUCAUCACUUGCCUUUCGAUUUCAUGAAUUCUAGCGAAAUGGAACCUCGAAUCAAUCACCUUCAGAUUGAAUCUCAGGUCCAUGAGUUGCUUGAUUAUCCGGUUUGUACAAAUCAGAUUACUUCUACAAUCUACCAGUGUUCCAAUGACUACACCGGAGAGGUCAACAAUGAUAAGGAAAACCCGUAUAAUUGUCCCUACUCUGGAUCCAAGUGUACAGCCACAGGAGAUACUCAGUGGCUGCUUCAGCAUCUAAGGAAUGAUCAUCAUGUUGAAAUGCAUGAUGGGAGAAGUUUCAGUCAUCGAUAUGUCCAUCAUAAUCCUAAACAUCUUCAUCAUGCUACUUGGAUGUUAACUCUUCUGGAUUGUUACGGUCGACAAUUAUGCUUAUACUUUGAAGCAUUCCACCUUAAGAAGACGCCCAUGUACAUAGCUUACAUGCAGUUUAUGGGAGAUGAAGAGGAAGCAACAAGCUUCAGCUACACUUUGGAGAUCAGUGGCAAUGGCAGAAAGAUGACAUGGCAGGGCGUGCCUAGAAGCAUUCGUGACAGUCACAAAACCGUUCGUGACAGCCAAGACGGCUUGAUCAUCACUCGCAAGUUGGCUUUGUACUUCUCUGCUGACAAUUCCAACAGCAAGGAACUGAAGUUGAAGAUUUCAGGUUGUGUAUGGAGAGAACAUUGAAGAAUAACAGUCUAUUUUUGUUGUUGUGAAUCCUUGUAAUAGUAUAUAUUAUACUUGCAACAAAAUAACCUCUUAAUACAAAAAAAAUAAAUAGCA